AUGACGGUCGGCCAACGGCUAGACCAUUUCGCGAAGAGGAUAGUGAAGCACGGGAUGGAACGACCUUCGCUUGUAUAUAGGUUUCACAUCACAAUGCUCCUGGUGAACUACGGCGGAUAUUUCAUCUUGAUCGCAUUGAUGCCGAGGCCUUCCGACCUGCCUAGUUACGAGUAUUCUGUGCUCCUGUUCGCGAAGCUUCUUGCGCAGUCCUUGGAUUAUUUGGGACCACUGAAUGGCGUGGCGUUUCCAAACAACUGGUGGCAGCCGGGAUUGGACCAUUUUCGCAUUGCGUUGGGACUGAUCAUGCAAUGGUUCUUCUCAGGUAUUGGAAAAAUCGGGCCUUGGUUUCAGUAUGUUAAUGGACCCUUCAUGCUGCAGUCAAGAUGGCUGCGCGGAAGCAAAUGGCUCCAGAAAUUGCUGAUCGAGUCUGAGGAUAAGAUGACACCCACCUGGUUUGGUACAUGCCUUGCCCACUUUGCAGCCUUCGUUGAGUACGCCGCUCCAAUCGCCUUGAUGAUUCCUUCCACCACCGCAAUAUGGCUGGGCAUCAUUGGCUUGACAGCUAUGCACGUUUACAUACUACUUACUCCAGCACCAUUUGAUGUGUACUCGUGGAAUUUGUGCUUUUGCCUGAGUGGCAUCUACUUGUUUUACAUUGCGAGUUUUGGCUUCGACUGGACGAGUUGGACUGGCAUGAACACGUGGCUGCGGCUGUGGUUCUUGGCAGAGUUUUGUUUAUGCUGGUAUGGGCAGUUUUUUCCAGAUGACGUGGGGUACUACCUCAGCCACAGAUAUUGGGCUGGAAACUGGGUGCAAACACACUUCAUGGUCAAGAAGACUCAAGCGGUGAAGGAAAAGCUGGACAAAGUGGAUCCGCGACUGGGCAACCCGCUGAGCCUGCACCCAGCUCCGUACUAUCUGACCUGCCUGGGAUACAUGCCGUUUGCUUAUAUCUGGCUGGCAACGAUGAACAUGAAGUGCAUCGUCAGACUGGUGGAUGACAUCCUCAGCAUGGGCGGUCCCAAGAUGCACGUCGAUGAGUGGGCAUUCGUGGGACUUCAAGGCUGGCUUUGCGGCGAGUUCAGAGAUCAAAUCUACACUGAUGCAGUUAUGCCUCUCAUUCAGGAGGCAUGCAAUUUCGAUGAGGGCGAAUGCUACUUGAUCCGGCUUGGAGCUUUCCGGAUGUUCCAGCAUGAAGCAAGUUGGCAAAUUUACGACGCAAAGAAGGGUGUCAUCAGGGAAGGCAAGCUCUCGACAAGAAUGAUGUCAAGCAUUGAUAGUCAUCCGUCUGCUUCUUUGGAGCUGAUGAUGUCGUGA